ACUCGUAAGCGCAUCAGUUGCAGUUACUGAAUCGCUUGUGCUAAACGACGGAUCGAAAAUAUGAGAUGCCUAGGCUUGGUUGUCUUUUUGAACCUCGUCACGGAGGCGUUAUUUUUGACCGGUAAAGAUGGAUCGGUGUGCAACGUGCAAGUCAGUCGCAUGGUAUCAAGAUACGUGCCCUACACGGAAACGUACAAGGUCAAGAAAUGGACUUUCUUCCAUCAAACGAAGUUUCGAACCAAUUACAGAAUCGAUCACGUGCCCGUAUGGAAAUUUGAGGAGAGAUGUUGCGACGGUUACGAGGAGCGAUAUGACGUUUGUGAACCCGUAUGCAACCCGGGAUGCGUGAACGGAAGGUGCACGAGACCAAACUCGUGCGAAUGCCACAUCGGAUAUUCGCCCAGCGAAUAUGAUCAAUACACGUGCCUGCCCGUGUGCGAGAGCCAUUGCCCGAAUGGCGUUUGCACGAAUCCGAAUCAAUGCUCGUGCAACGUGGGCUUCGAAUUGUCCGAGGACGAAUUGCACUGUCUGCCGGUUUGCGCGCAAGAUUGUGCGCAUUACAACGCCCACUGCACGGACCCGAACCACUGUACCUGCAAUUCGGGUUAUCGGCAGAGCGACACCGCUGCCUACUUACCAUCGUGCACCCCGAUCUGCGAGAUACCGUGCGUGAAUGGGAAAUGCGGCGAGCCGAACGUUUGCACGUGCGACUACGGUUACGAGAAGGAUAUCGAUCCGUUCGUUUGCAAGCCUAAGUGCGAGCAAAUUUGCCUGAACGGGAACUGUACGGCGCCGAACGUAUGCACCUGCAACCCAGGCUACCGGUUAAACGAGAACGGGGAAUGCGAGCCCAACUGUACCGAGCCGUGCGUGAUGGGUACUUGUAUCGCGCCGGAUGUUUGCAGCUGUUACCCCGGAUACGGGUUACCGGACGAUUCCAGAUACGUGUGCGAGGCGGUGUGCGAGAAGGCUUGCGUGAACGGGACGUGCACGGCGCCCGACGUGUGCACGUGUCACGACGGUUACAGAGCGACAGGGGACGACACGACGAGCCACGUGUGCGAGCCUGUUUGCGAGCUUCCUUGCGAGCCUUACGGCCAUUGCGCGGCGCCCAACACUUGCAAUUGUAUCCAAGGAUAUCGGAUGAUCGAUUUGGCGGAGAAUCAAGUGGUCGACAAGAUCACGAAUUCGACAUUCGUCUCGGCCUGUGAACCUGUUUGCGAUCAAGAUUGCGCGAACGGCACAUGCACGGAGCCCAAUGUUUGCACUUGCAACGACGGAUUCGAGAAGGACGCGGACGAUCGGUGCAGACCCGUCUGCGUGUCUUGUCGCAACGGCUCCUGCGUAGCGCCCAAUGUGUGCCAAUGUUGGCAAGGUUUCGUCCGGACGGAAGAGUACGGCUGUACGCCGUUUUGCGAGAAAGCUUGCGUGAACGGAACGUGCACGGCGCCCGACGUGUGCACGUGUCACGACGGUUACAGAGCGACAGGGGACGACACGACGAGGCACCUGUGCGAGCCAGUUUGCGAGCUUCCUUGCGAGCCUUACGGCCAUUGCGCGGCGCCCAACACUUGCAACUGCGUCCAAGGAUAUCGGAUGAUCGAUGUGACAAAGAAUCAAGUGGUCGACAAGAUCUCGAACUCGACGAUCGCCUCGGCCUGUGAACCUGUUUGCGAUCAAGAUUGCGCGAACGGCACAUGCACGGAGCCCAACGUUUGCGCCUGCAACGACGGGUUCGAGAAGGACCUGGACGAUCGGUGCAGACCCGUCUGCGUGUCUUGUCGCAACGGUUCCUGCGUCGCGCCCAAUGUGUGCCAAUGUUGGCAAGGCUUCGUCCAAACGGAAGAGCACGGCUGUACGCCGUUCUGCGAGAACGGGUGCGAGAACGGGGAGUGCGUGGCGCCGAACGAGUGUGCGUGUCACGAGGGUUUCGAGCCGAGUGGGAAUAACAGCGAUAGUACGUGCGUGGAACACGUGACCACGUGCACCGAGGUUUGCAAAGGGCAUAGUGUCUGCGUGGAGGACGGGAAACCGUGCCAAUGUUCUUACGGAUGGACGGGGCCGGGAUGCGACCGAUCCACCCUCUGUAUUUCGCUAAUGGAUCCCGACGAGGAAAAUCUCAUUGGAAUCACGAUUCGCAACAAUACGAACAGCACGCUAACCAAUGCUAAACGUUACGCGCCGCUCUGCCAUCGAUGUAACGGAAUGAUAAACAACGAAAGUUACUGUUUCGCCAUUAAUGAUUCGUCGAUUGGCUGUUUCGUCGAGACGGUAGAACUUUCUUGCUACGGCGGUGAGACAAACGCAGCGUUCAAGAUGCAGGCAGGGAUGUUAGGAACGGUCAUAGUCGUUUUAAUAACGACGGUCGUGACGAUAGCGUGUUUCGUGAUAUAUAGGCAUCGAAGGAAAAAAAGGCGUUUAGCCAUCGUGCCAUCACAAGAAGCGAACGAGUAUUUGAUUUUGCAAAGAGAUGACGAUUCUGCGUAUUAAUUUGCACGAAUAAAUUAAGGGACAUAAUAAAUUAGAAUGAAAUAUUUCUAUCCACAGUGGAA